AUGUUUAGAACUCUGAUCCAAUUCGCGACUCGUGAUGGAAUCCCUUCUCUGUGGUGGGGAAUAUCGGCUUCCAUCCUUCGACAGUCCACAUAUUCAACUGCAAGAUUUGGGUUAUACAAUUACUUCGCUCGCGAGGCUCGACAAAGGACAGGACAACAGCGGCUGUCUAGUCCCCUGGAAAUCGCAUGCGCUGGUGUUGCUGGUGGACUUGCCGGGCUAGUUGGCAAUCCAACAGAAGUAGCCCUUGUCCGAAUGUGUGCGGACGGAGCAAAAGCACCGUCCCAAAGGUUUGGAUACGCUCAUGCGUUCGAUGCUCUGAUCAGAAUUGGGAGGGAGGAAGGCGUCAGGACAUUUACUCGAGGCAUUGGCCCGAAUGUGGUUCGCAGCGUGAUAAUGAAUGUGUCGCAGAUCGCAACGUACUCGGCCGCGAAACGUGCCUUACUUUCUAAUCCAUCACUCGGCCUGAAAGACGGCAUGCCAACUCAUUUCCUCGCGUCCUUACUCGCAGGCACUGUUGCAACCACAGCCUGUGCACCGGCCGACGUUUUAAAGAGCCGGAUACAGAAUGCUGUUACAAUCGAUGGAGUAAAGCCGAGUUUGGGAAAGAUAGUUGCUGAAUCACUUCGUAACGAGGGUCCGCGGUUCCUGUUCAAAGGCUGGACCCCAGCCUGGCUGAGGUUGGCACCAAACACCGUCCUCACCUUCAUCUUCCUCGAACAAUUGCAGAAGCUGGUCAAUAUGUCGAGAGAAAUGCGUACCGCUGAAAACCUCCCAGUGUCUGCGGCUGUUCAGAAAACUUGA